GAAGAUAAACCGCCAAUUCUCGUUGAUCGCCGCGUGGAUCGAGUAGAUAUUAAACCAACGCCCUAAUUGUUACUGCUAAAAUCUAACUACCCGUUCUUGCCUCAUACACCCGCGCGAACUGCGACGACAAAAUGGCCGAAAACGCACCUCCGGCAACAUCAGCAACCCCCAAUGGCGCGGGGACAUCAGCAACCGCGACGAACACAGGGACAUCAAAUUCGAAUGGUGCAGGUGCAGGUACAACAGCGGCGGCAGCGACAGCAACAGUCCCGGAACAAAAUGGGAACAACCGAGGCCUUCCUUAUUACGAAAAACUACGCCGAGAUCUCCGGGAUACAUUGCAAAAGAAACGAUUAAUGGAUAAGAGCAUGGCCCAACUCGAAGACCAAAUCUUCCGCUACGAACAAAACUACCUCGAAGAAACGACCGCAGGAAACAUCAUCAAGGGCUUCGAUAACUACAUCAAGGGAUCCUCGAAUACAGCCGGUCUAAGCGCUGGCGGACUCACCCUCACUGGGUCAAGUAUCGGGACAGCAAGAAGGAAAGCACAAGUGUCUGAUGUCGAUCGGGUGUUCUCUCGGAGUUCGGCCAGUUAUUUGCGUGAUUCACCCGCUCCAUCAUCCGCACAGACGACUCCCUCGCAUGCGCCGACGCCGUCAUCGACUACCAACGGACCGACCUCGAAAUCAAGCAACGGGGACGUAUCAUCCGCCGUCAAGUCAUCUUCGUCUAAAAACAACAAAAAGAAAUCCGGCGGAAGCUCGAAUAAAGACAAAAACAAUGAUGAAGACCUAGAAGAAAACGGAGAUAAACCGCCUACUAAACGAUUGAAGAUUAGCUAUGGACGGGAUUGAUUUCUUUUUUUUUUUCCAUAUUGUUGUUGAUGUUUUCUUGGCCUUUUCCGUUCAGGGUAUAGAAAAGGGUUUCCAUCGUUUCGGUGUUUGUGUCUGUGAUUAGGGUCUUUGGGAGCUGCUAGGCUAGGCGCUGUGGAUUGACAUUCGCAUAGUAUCUUUUUUAGGUGAUAUCCGGUGUACAUUAUUACGAUUUCAUCCCAAGACAUGUUUUGAUCUUGCAUAUUCCAAUUCCAUUAAUUUCGUAU